UUUCUUGUUCUUCUAUGUCCUAUUAGUAUAUAACGCUGACCUUUCCUGUUUCUACUCGUUCUUAAAGCCUCCAAAUUUGACAGGCAACCAACUUCGUCCUUCUCUCAUUCAUUCAUUCUCCAUUUUCUCAGCAAUAACAACAACAGAAUUAACUACCUUUCCUGUUCUCUGUGCUGCAACAAAUUAAACCAACUCACCCUUAACUGCCUUAAUUUCCUUGUCUCUGCAACAAAUCAAACCAACUCACCCUUACUUCAUAAUAAUAAUUAUAUUCUCUCCUUGCCUGAAUCUGUUGAUUGAUGGGGCAGCAAUCUUUGAUCUACAGCUUCGUGGCGCGCGGGACGUUGAUCCUGGCGGAGUACACAGACUUCAACGGGAACUUCACCAGCAUAGCUUUGCAGUGCCUCCAAAAGCUCCCUGCCUCCAACAAGAAGUUCACUUAUAACUGUGAUGGACACACCUUCAGUUACCUCGUUGACAAUGGAUUCACUUACUGCGUGGUGGCAGUGGAGUCCUUUGGUCAACAGAUUCCAAUGGCCUUUCUUGAACGUAUCAAGGAGGAUUUUACUAAAAAAUAUGCAGGAGGAAGAGCUUCAACAGCAGCUGCAAAAAGUCUUAACAAAGAAUUUGGGCCAAAGCUGAAGGAGCAAAUGCAGUACUGUGUGGAGCAUCCAGAGGAGGUUAACAAACUUGCUAAAGUGAAAGCUCAAGUUUCUGAAGUCAAAGAAGUUAUGAUGGAAAAUAUUGAAAAGGUUCUUGAUCGGGGAGUGAAAAUUGAUGUUUUGGAGGAGAAAACUGAGAACCUUCGCUCUCAGGCACAGGAUUUCAGGCAACAAGGAACCCAGUUAAGGAGAAAAAUGUGGUAUCAGAACAUGAAGAUCAAGCUAAUAAUUCUUGCUAUCAUAAUUGCCUUGAUUCUCAUUAUUGUGCUUUCUGUGUGCAACGGUUUCAAUAGUUGAGAAGACUAUAAUUUUCACUACAAGGGAUUUUUUUGUAAUAUAUAUUUGCAUAGAAUAAACACCAUAUAUUUGUUUGUUACACAUUCAUGGCUUCAUCUAGAAUAUGCAAGGACGGAAAUUAGGGUGUUAGGAAGGGAAUGUGGAUAUCGUUGUACUUCACCGUUUUUCAUUUCUAUGGUUUCUUCACAAACUCUGGAUUGUUUCAUUUAAAGAAUUGUAUAGCAUGUUCAAUUUCAUUUGGCA